AUGAAGACCGAUUUGCUCGACAUUAUCGCGUGCCCGGUGUGCAAGGGGCCGUUGACGCUGCACGGCGACUCCGUUGCCCCGGAUGACGCCCCCGACGCGGGCGAAGUCCUCACCGGCACGCUUACCUGCUCCGAAUGCAACGAGCGCUACCCCAUCGCCGAGGGCAUCCCCAACCUGCUUCCGCCGGACAUGCGCGACGCCGAGGCAGGGGCUGGACGUUAA